GUCCCACAAUGCGGCGCGGCCUCGUGGUGCUUGUGUUGACGCUUCGCUCGGCGUCGUCACUGCUCGUCAGUCAAAACAUCACAAGGGCCGGGUGUGGAUGGUGGUUUUAACCGGUACACAGCGUGAGGCACCUCCGGCUGAGGGGAGGCAGUUACGUGGGCUUGAAGAUGUCAGAGAAUUCCAGCGAUAGUGAAUCCUCUUGUGGUUGGACCAUAAUUAACCAUGAAGGUUCUGACGUGGAGGUACUCAAUUCGGACAAGGGAGAUGCGGAAUGCACUUUGCAGCCUUUAACAAAUCAACAAGUUGACCAAUCAUGUGAAAUACAUGCAAAAGAUAGCGAGCACAUAGAGCCCAAAGUGGAAAAUCUCAGUGCUUCAAUUGUGUCUGAGGAAACGGAAUUGGUAUCUAAGGCACCAAAAGAAGAAUUGGCUGAUGACAGUACUUUUGUUGGUGCAACCAGUGAUGAUUCAGAUAUUGUUACCCUUGAGUCACCGCCUGUGGAAGAUCUUCAGACUAUUCAAGAAGCAACUGAAGAUGCCGAAGCAGAGCACAUGAAUGACGAUGAAUUGAACCUUGGCUCGUCCUCCAGCAGCCAGUAUACUUUUGCCCCUCCCGAAACAGUAUCUGCAUUGGAAGGAAGCAUGAAUGAAUCGAGUAGCGAUGAAACCAGUGGUAAUUCCAGCCCAACUCUGCGGAGACGACGCAUUCGAAAAAGAACCCUAUCUUCUUCUGAAGCAGAGGAAAAACCAGAGGAGGAUGUGGUGGAUGGAGAACAGCAGCAGCAGCAUCGAUUCAAUACCACUCUGAAUAAAUGCAUUUUACUUGCACUGGUUAUCGCUUUCAGCAUGGGAUUUGGGCACUUCUAUGGAGACUUUCAAGAUGGCAGCCAGUUGCCUCUGAAGAGGGGGACGACCCAAAUACAAGAACUGCAGAAAAUGGUAAAAAGAAUCCAUGAAGAAGAACUGAAUGAUAUGAAGGAUGAUCUCUUUCAGUGCCAAAAUGAUCAAGACUCCUAUGUGGACAGUAUGGAUGGAACUGAAGAUUUUUUAGAAGACAAAAAGGAAGAUCCUGACAUGCUUCUUACACUGACUGAACAAAUGGAUAAAAUGAAAAGGGAGAAUCAGCAACUGAAACAAAAACAAGCAGAACUUCAGUCACAAGGAGAAAACUUGGAAACUCGUUUAAAAGAAACUGUGGAUGAGAGGCUUUCGGUUGAGUCACAGCAGCAAGUGCUUGCCAAAGAAAACCAGCGUAUGAAAGAAUCCCUGGAGCAUGAAGAGAAAGCAUUAUCCUUGUUGCAGAAUGAGCUUCGGAAGUUGAGGGAACAAAUCAGGACAUUGGAAGGAAAGGGAAUGGAUGCUGAAACAAUUAUCACGGAAAACCAGAAACUGAAGGAUCAUCUAGAAGAAGAAAAACAACAAGUACACAGUUUCCUUCUACAGAAGGGGACCCUUGUGACUGAGGCUCAGAUGCUAAGAAAGGAAUUGGAUAAAGAAAGAGAAAUAACUGAUGUACUGCGUAAGGAACUGGAUACCUUGAGUCAUUUUCAAUCUAUGCCUGAUACAGCCCAAGAUGGUAAAAUAACAGAAGGUUUACAAACAAGACUUGCAGAGCUAGAGAAAAAAUUGGAUUUUGAACAGCAACGCUCUGACUUGUGGGAAAGACUUUAUCUUGAAUCAAAGGAAGAAAACACAGACCCUGCAACUAAGAAAACAGAAAAGAAGCAAGGGCCAAAAACAAAUCGGGAGUUUUAUGGAACUAGGGAUAAAAAGAAGCAAUCUAAAGGCUUUAUAAGAUCAUUUAAGAAUACGUUUGACGCUGUGAAAAACUCAACCAAAGAGUUUGUGCGUCAUCAUAAAGAAAAGAUUAAACUGGCAAAAGAAGCUGUUAAAGAAAAUCUUAAGAGAUUCUCUGAUUCUGUUAAAUCCACAUUCCAGAACUUCCAAAACUCAGCAAAAACAUUAUUUCACAAAAAUAAGAGACGUGAUGACGCAGAUGCAAAAACUAAACGGCAUGGAUUCCAGCAACGUCACAAUGAACACCCAUGUAAAACGAACAAGUGCAGACAACAUGGUGUUCAUGGAGACAAAGAUUCCUAUCAACAUAAACCCAGACAAGCCACUCAUGAUGAGAUCCACGGUAGCAAUUCAAGGAAACCGCACAGAAUGCACGCUGAGAACUCUCACAGUUUUGAAUCGGGUGAACAUGAUCACUUGGGAAAACAUGCACACUACAAGAGCCCUAAAGGUUGCUCUGAUGUUUUUGAAUGUGCCCACCAAGAAUCUUUGAGUCUAUUUAAUAAAGUCCUUGACCCCAUCAAGAUGGAAGAAUUUCAUGAGCUUCUCCAUAAUUACCUUCAACGAGAGAUGGUCGACUUCCAAAGCUGGAGUGAGCUGGAGAAAUUUAUCAACCGUUUUUUCCGUAAUGGGCUUUUUAUACAUGACCAAAUGUUAUUCUCUGAUUUUGUUAACGAUGUUGAAGAUUAUCUUGAAGAUAUUGCAGAGCACCAAGAAGGCAACCAUGAUGGUUUUGAUGACCUGGAUGGAUACAUCUAUCAGCACUUGUUUGGUGACAAUUACAUUAACCCAAGUCCACUUUACGAUGCUGAUAAAUACAGAAAGCAUAAUUCUAAACAUGCAUCUGGCUCCAGGCAACAGAGACCUGAAAGGAAAUACCAGCAGGCUUACCACCACAGGGAUUGUAAAUGGAACAAGCCAGGACGUACCAAUGGGAGACACAUGGCGAAUGUUGAAAUUGAGCUGGGGCCGAUGCCUUUUGAUCCAAAAUAUUAAAUGGGUGUGUUCUUCAUAAGUAUGUGUUUGAACAUGUUCAGACUUAUCUGAUUGCUGUUUGUGGUACAUGCCUUAGAAUAAUGACGUUUGUUUUGAAACAAUAUGCAUUUCAUUUGACUUUGAAUAAUAAGAGAGUAGAUGUAGUUUUGCUAAUAAUAUUCCACCUGUAUUUGCAAUGUGCUGGUCAGAGAUUUCCUGAGCAGUUGUGUUGUGCAAAGUAUGUUGUGCUAAACAAAGUUUAGGAUUAAGUAAGAGUUCAAGUUGCUGGAUCUUUAAUGCAUUUACAAAGUCUAUUCGUAUACUGGUGUAUGUGCAUGAAACGCAAGUCUCUUUUGCCUUAGCAAAUUCGUAAUUUGCUAUCAUGUGAAUCUAAAUUCCAUAUUGUGUAAAUUAUUAAUAUUGGUGUGCUGAAUUUAAAUUUCUUUUGAAGAUUGUAAUUUAAUUCCAUGGCAAAAAUUGGUCCAUUUUUACCUUCCCCCAUGUUGUGAAUAAUUUUACACAAAUAUAUAUAUCUGCCUUUUAUGAUUUCAAGGGAUAAAGAGAAGGGUUGCAUUUUUAAUUUAAAAUCAGUUACAUUGCAUCUACAUUUUCCAUUUGACAAAAUGAACAAUUGUAGGCAAACAAAAAUGUUAAAAUCAAUUGAUAAUAAAAGUUCUGGCUUAACUCUU